GGACUUUGAUUUCCUGCCGGCUUGUCCAUAUAAAAACCGGGGUUAGGCUUCCAGACAGCUGAGGAAGUUCUCUUUCCUUCCCGGAGCUUUCUGUCCGGUUGCUGACGAGACUAACCAAGACAAUCAACCCUCCGUGUUCCUCAGGUUCUGCGGUGCUUCAGAUCAGCUGCUCAAGCUAACCCAAAGCUUCCCCCCCACCACCACCACCACCAAGAUGAUGCAGAUCAACGGUGACCCGGCCAGCAACAAGCACUCGCUCCUCAACGUCAUGCACCGCUUCAUAGCGGCUGCCAACAACAUGAACGAGACCAUCAUGGUGCCCAGCCUGCUGAGGGACGUGCCCCUGGAGGAGCGGGCCGCGAACGACGACAACAACAACAACGACGAUGACGACGACGAGCCGCUGUGCGCCAACAAGCAGAGGGACAUGUACGAGCACUACCUGCUCCUCAAGUCCAUCAAGAACGACAUGGAGUGGGGUCUGCUGAAGGAGAUGAGCAGCGGCGCCAGCUUCCUGGAGAUGGCCGUGAAGCAGGAGGAGCAGCAGAAGCCCCUGCACCCCGAGGACAAUGCAGACCUGGAGCACCAGUUUCAUUAUCACCUCAGAGGACUGUUCGGAGUCCUGUCCAAGCUCACCUUGCAGGCAGACCACCUCACCAACAGAUACAAGCGAGAGAUCGGAGGAGGGAACUUCAUGAGAUGAAGACCAGCCUCCGACCCUGGACUGGACUUUUUGUAAUGACUGGAUCUGAUCAGGGCAUCCAUCCUUUCACUCCUCACUUAGCACUCCCACGUUCUCCCCCACCUAAAACCGGUGAUGCCUGCUCCUCUGCCGAGGUCGAUGGUGCUCGGCGGAGGUUUACCGACUGCCCCCGGCCAAAUGAAGCACAGCUCAGGUUUACCCAGAACUUCACUUUAGUCACUUCAGAGUUGAACCAUGUCACAAACGUCAUGCGUGUGAGAAUAAAAGUUUUGUCUGUA